CAGCGUCGUGCUUUCCCCCCUCCCCGCAUCCUAUUGGUCCGCACUGAGGCGGGGCUGCGGCGCUGCCCGCACGUGUCUGUCGGGGCGCUGGUGACCUUGGCCGGGGCGGGCGGCCGGCAGGGGCUGGGCUGCUGUCACCGCUCUGCCAUCGACCCUCCACCAUCACCCCUCCUUUGCCAUCACCCCUCUGCUGUCACCCCUGUACUGCCCCUCUGCCAUCACCUCUCUGCCGUCGUCCCUCUGCUGUUACCCCUCUGUGGCCGCUCUGCUGUCACUCCUCCUCUGCCAUCACCCCUCUGCUGUCACCCCUCUGCUGCCCCUCUGCCAUCACCUCUCUGCCAUCGCCCUUCUGCUGUUACCCCUCUGUGACCCCUCUGCUGUCACCCCUCCUCUGCAGUCACUCCUCUGCCAUCACCCCUCCUCUGCUGUCACUCCUCUGCCGUCAUCCCUCUGCUGCUCCUCCACUGUCACCCCUCCUCUGCCGUCACUGCUCUGCCAUUACCCCUCCUCUGCCAUCACCCUUCUGCCAUCACCCCUCUGCCAUCACCCUGCUGCCAUCUCCCUGCAGCUCUCCGGCCCUGCCUGCCACUGCCUGCUGUGCACCCCAGGGGACCUCUUCCCCAGCCCCGGGAUGCUCCCUGCACUCCCAGCCCUGGGGUGCCUCUCGCUCUCCCACCGGGCCGAGACCAGGAGCACCCCCUGCCCUGUGCCAGGCAGGGAGCACUUCCAGCCACCCCAAGGCCCCCCUGGCCGGGCUGCUGGCUGAAGCCAUGUCUCCAGGCGAGCAGGUGUGCUGGGCCUCGGCACAGGUUGGUGGCACCGGCAUGGCACCACUGCCGUGGGGAGCAGAGCCUGCCCCGUCCCCCAGCUGCAGCAGGGCAGCCCCUGCACCCAGUGGGGUGUCCCGGUGCUGGGGAGGAAGGAAGCUGCCUCGGGGGGCUGAGUGGUGCAGGCAAGAGAGGGGCCAUGUCUGCUUCCUACUUUGAAUCUGGGUUAGUGGGUGGGCUUGGCCAACCGGCCUGAGGGAGCCUGCGAGCGCUGGGGCAUCAGGGGUUAAAUCAAUGCACCACAAAUUGAGGAACAAGAUUAGGGAAUAAAGUGAUCCUACUAAAUUCCUCGUGAUCCCAAGCCAUGGGAAAAUGGGACGAGGCAGCAUGAAUCACUCCAGGGAGGAGCAGCGUCUCAAAGGGGAAUCAGCCAGGAGAUGAGACCACCUACUGCGGGCAGAGCAGCAAAGGAGCACGGUGCCGCGGACUCUGGCUUGCAAGCGAUGGACAGUGUCUCUUCUUCCCCUUCACCCUUCUCUGCCAGCUCCCCCACCACACAGUUUGAGAAUGCUACUGCCGAGGACUACUACUCUGGCCUCCAGAAGAGCAUGCACAUCCUCUCCAUGGUGGUGUACAGCAUUGCCUGUUUGCUGGGGGUGACAGGGAACGGCCUCGUCAUCUGGAUUGCAGGCUUUAAGAUGAAGAAGACAGUGAACUCUGUCUGGUUCCUCAACCUGGCCAUUGCUGACUUCAUCUUCACCUUUUUCCUGCCCCUCAGCAUCACCUACACCGCCCUGGGCUUCCACUGGCCGUUUGGGAAGCUCCUGUGCAAGCUGAACAGCACCAUCGCUUUCCUCAACAUGUUUGCCAGUGUCUUCCUUCUGAUGGUCAUCAGCAUGGACCGCUGUGUUUCUGUGACCUUUCCCGUCUGGUCUCACAACCGCAGGAGUCCAGAGCUGGCAGCCAGGAUCGCGCUGGGGACAUGGGUCCUGGCUCUCCUUCUCAGUUCCCCAUACCUUGUUUUUCGGGACACUGUGGUCAGUUCCAGGAACGUCACCAGCUGCUAUAAUAAUUUUGCACUGUCGGAUGACUACACAUCCGAGGCAACACGGAGGCUGUGGAGGAUGCGGCAUAAAGUGAUGAUUGUAACACGAUUCUUAUUUGGGUUCCUCAUCCCUUUCAUGGUGAUUCUCAUCUGCUACAGCAUUGUGGCUGUCAAGCUGAAAAAGAGGCAGUUAGCCAGCUCUGCGAAGCCAUACAGAAUUAUCAUUGCUGUCACAGUCUCAUUUUUCCUCUGUUAUUUCCCCUAUCAUGUCUUCUCCUUGUUGGAAAUAUCCAAAAACUCUUCCAGUCAUGAGAUGAAAAUGGCCCUUUACAUAGGGAUCCCCUUGGUUUCCAGCCUUGCUUUCUUCAACAGCUGCAUCAACCCCAUCCUGUACGUAUUUGUGGGGCCGGAUUUCAAGGAGAAGUUUCGCCAGUCCAUCCUGUCGACCUUUGAAGGGGCCUUCAGCGAGGAGUCGGUCCUGGGCAGCCUGACCAGCAGGCGAAAGUCCAGGUCUGCUUCGGAAGCGGAGGUCCCGAGGGUCUGAGUGGGCACUGGUGUGCAGGGGGCAGUUCUUUUCUCUGCAAUUUCCCCUCAUUCCAGAGCUAUAAUCGCAGGACUUUGGGCAGCAAAGGGUUGUGCAUGCUAAUGAAGAUUUGAUGGUUUAGAGGUAUCUCAGAUAUACUAUGACUUAAUACACUAUGGAAAUGAAACAACUUGCUGGAGCUGCAGCAGGGUGGGUUGAAGUAGCAGCAUUUUACUCCUUGUGCCACUUCCUUGGCUGCCUUGUUUCCCUGUACCAUUUCCAUCCUCUAUGAUCCGUCACACCUGGAAAAAUGUCUCCCCGGCUGGCCGUGCUGAGAGGGCAACCACAGCCUGGGGGGUGGCUGCGUCAUCAGACUUGGCUGCCUCAGUGCUGCUGAUCUGUUCCAACUUCCAGUUUUUAACAGGGGAUCCUUUAUAAAAUUUGCUGGGUUUGUGACUCCACUGGCAGAGCUCCCUUUGCUUUCCUAUCCUCCUGGCUCCCAAGGAGGGAGCCCUUAGGUGCUCUCCACACUGCCCCCCAGCCCAGGGUCACUUUGUACACUCCAGGGGGAGGCAUCUGGGGAGAAAUUCUUUUUGCAUGUCUGUUGGGUUCACCUGCCUGCAGCGCUUUUGCACAUGGCGAGCCGUGGGGAGACCUGUUCCCUGCCCUUACCAGACUUCCUGGCAGCUCAUCUUUCCUGGGGUUCCACUGGGGACAAAAUCAGGUGCAGCUGCACAGGUGGAGUAGAGCUGUGGCAGAGGUGUACGGCUGCACUGGAGGCAUAUGGCUGUGCUGGAGGAAUACAGCUGCACCAGCAUUUUGGCUGUCCAGAGGGGAAAAGGAGGGAGGGGAAUGAUAUUCCAUAAAUCCCUUGUAGUUAAAUGAGUAAAGAAAAUACAAUAGUAUCCCAUCUAUCAUUCCAUGUUGGGCUGCUAAUGCUUAGGGAGAAAAUAAUAAUAAAAAAAAAAAAGCAGCUUGAACGUGCAGUGGGAUCCAUCCAGAGGCACUGUUACACUAGUAUCUUUUAAAGAUAUAGGGUUAAAGGAAAUGGCUAUACAUAUUUUUGUAGAGUCUGGAAUAGCUACCUCACCUUUUCUCUCCCCAGAUGUGUGGUAGGACAAAUUAUUCGUUGUGCUCCAGUUACUCAGGUUUGAUGUACAGCAUAACUAUUUCUGAGCAAUGCUUUGUGUUCGUGUUUGACAAUGUUUCCGGCCCUCAAACAGUGGAGAUCUGACAUUUUGUACUGCUGGUGAAUGAAUAUUAAAU